AUGACCGCCCAGUCCACCGCUCGUCGUCGACAACUCUCUCUAGAAAAGGCCCAGAAACAUGUUGCCACCACCGCUCCCAUGACGCCGCGUGUGAUCAACGCCGCUCCCUCGCUGGAGAAGGCCGAGAUGUACGGCAUUGACGACAACCGUCCUGCCUACUCGAGGGCCAUGGCCCUCAUGGGCCGCAUCUUCAUCGAGACCAUCCCCCAGUGGCUGGCAGUGGGGGCUAUGCUGAGCUUGAUCUUUGGAGGGUGCUGCAGCAACGUCUUUGCCCUCGAAGCAAUCAUCAAGGUCGAGCCAGCCAGCGGAACGCUCCUGACUUUCGUUCAAUUCAUCUUUGUGGCCGCCACGGGCUACGUCUCCCAGUUCGACAAAACCCGCCCGCCGUUCUUUGUCAGACCUAACAAGGUCCCCAUCCGACGAUGGCUGGUCAACAUCGUUCUCUUCUUCAGUAUCAAUGUGUUGAACAACCACGCGUUCAGUUAUGAUAUAUCGGGCACGCAAGAAGAACACCACGGUAACCAAAGCUUCGUGACGGGACUGGCUAUCCUUUUCAUUGCCCAAGUCCUAUCAGCUAUCAUGGGCCUAUACACAGAAGAGACAUAUCGGCAGUAUGGGCCGCAAUGGAAGGAGAACCUCUUCUACUCGCAUCUGCUGUCUUUGCCUCUUUUCACGCCAUUCCUCCCCUCGCUAUACAGGCAAUUCAUGCGCUUGGCAACGAGCGCUCCAUUGCAGUUGCCGUUUGCGACCGUCGUUGGCCUUGAGGCCGUGCCUGAGCAACUCCAGAGCGGCAUUGAUAAGAUACACAUCCCGAGCCAGCUCUUCUAUCUGGUGGUCAAUGUCCUGACGCAGUACGCCUGUAUCCGAGGCGUCAAUCUGCUUGCGGCCGCCUCUUCGGCUUUGACAGUGACGAUUGUCCUGAACAUCCGCAAGCUGGUCAGUUUGCUUCUUAGCAUCUGGCUGUUCGGCAACAGACUAGCUACUGGAACCCUGGUAGGGGCUGUGGUGGUAUUCUUUGCAGGUGACCAUUCCUUCAGCGACGACCCUGCGUCGAACUCGAACUCGCCGAAGCUGGCGGCAACACGGCUGCCAAUGGCAGAGGAAUCCGACGAUGAGGAUGAUAGGACGACAACUCAUAACAGUCACACAGACUCUGAAUACGAAGAUGAGGGCGAGGACGGCCAUGGGGCUAAGAAGCAGCACGCCGGCUCGCAGGACAACUCGGAUCCUGAUAGCGAGGGCUUGCUCCCCCGUGACAAGCAAAAGAAGACGGCCUUCUACGACCCAGUUGCUGAAAGGCAGAUGACUCAGACAGAUGCCAAACUCUUCUACAUGCGAAGCCAACAAAGAACGGGCACAGGCAACUGGGACACGGGGCUCUUGAGCGAUCAAGGAAGCCCUGUCAUUUCGGCUUCCGGAGCUAGUCAUGCAGCUGAUAAGCAAUAUGGCCAGCUGCCGCCUUCUUACGAUCUUGCCUCGUCAAAUGCAUGGUCUGGCGCGCAUGGCCAGCAGCCAGCGGCCUUUGAUAAUGCGUCUAGGAAAGACACGAGCUUCUUCAAUGCCUCCAGUGCCCGUAGUCAGGCGAGCAACGCCAAUCCUGCGUAUGCACCGCCUGCCCAAGGCCCUUCCGCCCCCGAUCCAUUGUAUCAGGCUCAAUUGGAGAUGAAUUCUGGCGCACCAAACGGCAUUGGCAGCAGCACGUACAUGGACGCCGACCCGCAAAUCACCGCCGAGUUGAGCUCUAUAUUCAAGAACAUCCAGAAGAUCUUGGACGUGCGACACAAGUACAUGCGCUGCUCCCUCCAGGGGCCGACUGACAACCCGAAGGAUGACCCUGCCUGGUCUGUCUAUCCGCCGCCUCCCCAGCCUGCGUGGAUGACAGAGCAUGACAGGGCGGCGACCGGGACUCAGGCCCGCGACAGCGCCAAUAACAGCAUGGCAAACAGCAUGGUCAUGGACAGCCCUCAGCGCCCGAGUGAUGCGAGCGCAGACCAGUUCCCACAAGCUGCGAGCAAGAAGAAGGGACGGAGGCCUGGUGAGGACAUUGGCGAGGAUUUCGACAUGAAAGAUCUCCAUCCGUUGCCGGGGCCGGGCGAGAUGACUUACAAGCUGGACGCUCACGGCGUCUACCAAGUCUUUGAGAACGAAGCCGCCAAGGAGGCUGACACGCCAGCCGUCACAGUGCCUACGAUCAGAGAGUAUUAUAUGGAUCUCGAGGCGAUUCUCUCGGUCUCAUCCGACGGACCCUCCAAGAGUUUUGCAUAUCGUCGUCUACAAUACCUAGAGGGCAAGUACAACCUAUAUGUGCUCCUGAACGAAUACCAGGAGACCGCGGACAGCAAGAAGGUGCCACAUCGCGACUUCUACAAUGUCAGAAAAGUCGAUACUCACGUUCACCACUCGGCUUGCAUGAACCAGAAGCAUCUUUUGCGUUUCAUCAAGAGCAAAAUGAAGAAGUUCCCGAACGAGGUCGUGCUGUAUAGAGAUGAUAAGCAUCUCACUCUAGCGGAGGUGUUUGAGAGUAUCAAUUUGACAGCAUAUGAUCUCAGUAUCGACACUCUUGAUAUGCAUGCCCACACCGACUCUUUUCAUCGUUUUGACAAGUUCAAUCUGAAGUACAAUCCCAUUGGCGAAUCACGACUACGGACAAUCUUUCUCAAGACAGACAAUCUCAUCAAGGGCCGGUACUUGGCUGAGAUCACCAAGGAAGUUAUCGCUGAUCUGGAGUCGAGUAAGUAUCAGAUGGUGGAAUGGCGCAUCUCAAUCUAUGGCCGAUCCUUGGAUGAGUGGGACAAGCUCGCGGCAUGGGUCGUGGACAACAAGCUUUUCUCUCACAACGUCCGCUGGCUCAUCCAGAUUCCUCGUUUAUAUGACGUAUACAAGGCGAGCAACCUGAUGGAGUCCUUUGAGCAGAUUGUCAAGAACAUCUUUCAGCCCCUAUUUGAAGUCACCCGAGAUCCGAGUAGCCAUCCCAACCUGCAUGUCUUCCUCCAGCGGGUCAUUGGUUUCGACAGCGUAGAUGAUGAAAGCAAGGUGGAGCGCCGCUUUACCAAGAAGUUCCCAGUUCCGAGGGAAUGGGAGUCGAAACAGAAUCCGCCAUACAGUUACUGGAUUUACUACCUGUUUUCAAACAUGGUAUCUCUGAACUUCUGGCGGAAACAGCGUGGCUUCAACACAUUCGUCUUGCGCCCGCACUGCGGCGAAGCAGGUGAUAGUGAGCAUCUUGCAGCUGCCGUCCUCUGCUGUCACAGCAUCAGCCAUGGUCUACUGCUACGAAAGGUCCCUUUGCUUCAGUACAUCUUCUACCUCGAGCAGAUCGGCGUCGCCAUGUCUCCGCUCAGCAACAACGCGCUAUUCCUAGCCUACGAGCGGAACCCGUUCCACCAGUAUUUCAAGCGGGGCCUGAACGUUUCGCUGUCGACAGAUGAUCCGCUGCAGUUCGCCUUCACGAAGGAGCCGCUCAUAGAAGAGUAUGCUGUCGCGGCGCAGAUCUACAAGCUCGGUCCGGUUGACAUGUGCGAGCUGGCCAAGAACUCUGUCAAGCAGAGCGGGUUCGAGCACUCGAUCAAGCAGCACUGGCUCGGCCCCAAUUAUCACAUGCCCGGCGCACAAGGCAACACCAUGGUCAAGACGAACGUCCCGGAUAGGAGAGAGGAGUUCCGAUACCGCACCCUGCUGGAGGAGCAGAGAAUGGUCGAGAUGUACACACGGCUAUCAGUAGACGGCAAAGUAUCUGGCUCUGCAACUGAAGCUAGUCUAGGCGGGACGCACGUCCCCAAAUCCCCAGCGCUCUCUCUCAAGACGGCCACGGCCGCGGGCUCGAUAGCCCAGGCCCAGAAGGACCCGAGCUUCGCCUCGCUCUCGCAGGCCAUGUCGUCGUCGCAGGUCGACACGUCGAGCCCGUACAUGGGCCCCAACUCACUCGCCGGAUCGCAGGUGUUCCAGGGAGGGCCAAUGCUGGCGUCUCCCUUGACGACUAGUGACUCGAUGCGCGACCUCCACCUCUCAGCCAGCGAGCCGAGGUAUUUCCCCGGGGUCAUUAGUAGGCGGCAGAGGACGGGCAGCAUUAGGCAGGGCUCGAUGCACGAGUCGGAUGAGAAUGCGAGCCGAUCUGGGAAACGGGGUGGUGCGAAGGAAGAGAAUGGAGAGUAA